UUUCGUAUUUUGUCACUCACCAAAAUUCUAGUUCAAAAACGGUACAUUUUGAAUAAUCUGGUCUGAAAGAAAAUUUCAAAAUUUCAAGUGUUGCAGCAAUUCCACAAUGAAAACUGUCUCGUCAUCGUUUUAUAAAUGCACACCGAAAUGGAGCAGAUGUACUGGAUCUGACCUGACACCUUGUCCCUUUUGUGGUACACUCUGCUUAAAUCCACCUAUUGCACCAGCGAAUACGACCAAACAGUGCGAAAACCCUUAUUGUAACUGCUGCCUCAAAUCUUCCGUUUCUGAACCUGUAGUGGACUCAGGAAAUUGCUUGUGUUGUAGAACACAAGUGGCUAGUGAAAACAAGUAUUUUUUCCCAACAGAAUACUAUCGAUGCCCUUGGUGUACUGGAGGAAUCAUGAUUCAUAGGAGCGAAGUACCGAAAUAUGAGAAUAACGUUUAUCAGCAACAUUCUGGGAAUGAUCAGCGAAUGAUGAAUCAAAAGAACUGUUGUUUUUGCCCGUGUUGUACAAGGGUGCAGUCUAGUGUUCUUAUAAAUCCUAACGCAACAACCAUAACUAACAACAUGAGAACACAUUGUCCGAAUUGCUCGAACUGCCCCUGUAACAUGCAUAAGAAUCAUGCUGAAAUGCAACCUAAGGUCCAUCAGAACAUCGUAACUCAAAAACCUAUUGAUAAAGUUGUUGAAUGUAAACCAAAGAGAUCCUUCGUCCUAAUUGGAGGAAAAAUGGUCUCUUGUGGUUGUGCCAGAAGAAAUGGUUUGCAGGAUGAGUGUGUAAUAUGAUUUGCAAAAACAGAAUGCAAUAAAAUAUUUUUUUCGAUUA